GACGUGGCCAACGGGCUGCUGCACUGACUCCACUGUGAGCCUGUCAAACACAACCAACACAGCCAACAUGGCGGACUGGGACGCUGACAACUUCGAGCCGGAGGAGCCGAUUAAAAAGGCGGCAGCGCUGGACAAAUGGGAAGGCGAAGACGAAGAGGAAGAGGUUAAGGACAAUUGGGAUGAUGAUGAAGAAGAAGAGGAGAAAAAAGUAGCGGUUACAAAACUAGAGACAAAGGUUUCUGAAAAGAAAAAGUUGAGUGAGAAGAUCAAAGAGAAAGAAAAUAGGUUAAAGAAAAAGCAACAGGAGCUAAAAGACAUGCAAGAAAAAGAAGUGAAUCUCAACCCUGAAGAACAACUUGCAGAGAAGUUAAGAGUGAAGAAGUUACAGGAAGAUGCAGACUUGGAGCUUGCAAAGGAUGCGUUUGGUAUUAGCAGCACUUCAAACAGUGUCACUGGGAUUGACACCAUGUGUCCAUCUUCCAAAGAAGAUUUUACAGAGUUUGAAAAAUUGCUGAAGGAAAAGAUAUCCCAGUUUGAAAAAUCUGUGCAUUAUUCAAGUUUCUUGGAUUCAUUGUUUCGGGAACUCUGUAUUUCAUUGGAAGUAGAUGACUUGAAGAAAAUCAGUAAUUCCCUGUCAGUCCUACUUAGUGAAAAACAGAAACAAGAAAAACAAAACAAAGGAAAGAAAAAGAAGAAAGGUGUGUUACCCGGAGGAGGUUUGAAAGCACAGAUGAGAGACGACCUUGACUAUGCAGAGUUUGAUGGUGGCUACGCCCAAGACUAUGAGGACUUCAUGUGACACUGGCUCCAUCACCACUGCCCUUUCCCCUCCCAGCCCUCAGAAAUGCAGCUGUACCUUCUCAUGCUGUCCAGUGCCAUCCUGGAAAAUCUGAACUAUGUGUUGCCCCUUCAUUUUGCUUAAAUGACCAGAGGGACUAUAAUACCAGGGAGCAUCCAGUCUCACAAACUCUUUACGUUGAUACAUAUGGAAUUGCCUUUUCUCUGUUCUGAUUCAGCCUCGGCUCACAUAUAAUCUUGUAGUAUCUGUUGGGUGACCCAGCUUCAGUGAGGAAUACAUUAUAAUUGCUGUUGUCUGACUUUUUUGCGGGGUUCAUUUCUUUAAAUGUUGCUCCUGACAAAAUGACAGAUACAGUAUUACAGUUCUAAGAGUAGUGACAUAGAAACACAAGGUUCUAUGCAAAUUCUUAAACCAGAAUGUCAUGUGUAUAUAUUAUAGGUCUCACUUACCUGUGGAUGGAUCUUUACAGGAAAGUAUAUAGUAUCUAUAACUUGGUUGCCAAAUGCGGAACAAUUAUUCAGUACAUUAGUCAUCUUUAUCUCUGGACAGGUUGCACUGUAGGUUAUUGGAAACGGACGCAACAUGUACAUUAAGGAAUAGCGGUAAUUUUACAGAGAGCACAUGACAUUCGCUAAGAUAAAAGGGAUAGAUGAGUAUAAUAAAUGUGACUUCAAAACCUCACAGCCAUUCUCUUGAUACAUCUCUGGAAUAUCCUUGAAAAUUUGGAGCAAAGAGAGCUAAUAGGUAUUUUUUGUGCAUGACAAAUGUAAUUUACUAAUUUGAUUUCUACUAAUGCAGAAAAAGUAUGUAUUGGGCAAGUAGGUUAACUUGCUACAACUGGUCUCCUAAUCAUUGCUUCUGCAGGCUUGUACCAAGUGUGAGGAGUGGAGGCUUCUGGGCCUUAAGCUACCAUGUCUUCAUAUGGGCCACAAUUAGGUGAAAGGGGCAUAUUUUUCCUUUUCUAGCAAUUGACAAAGUUCAAUGUUACAUGGACAAUUGGGUACAUACAAUGUGGAAGAUACAGCAUCUGCAGUGUUUUAUAAGCAUCUAAUUUAAUAAAUCACUGGUCAAAAGGA